UAUUCAACUCUCAAGAUGCUCCUACUUGUCGUGGGCUUGUCUGCUCUAGCAGCUGUGUCUGCUUUGGAUGUCAAGGUUGCAAACACUGGAGGGAAUGAAACUUCUGGGCUUCAAUAUGGAAUCAUAAAACUGAUUUGUGCUUGGGAUAUUAACCAUUCGGGCGAUGGAGGGAUCUACGCAGAACUAAUUCGCAAUCAGUGUGUCCAACCCACUGUGCACCCGUCGGUCAUUGAGCCUUGGAAAGCAGUCGGUAGUGCUCAACUAAGCCUGCAAUCCCUCUCUCAGCCACUCUCUUCAGCGCUUCCCACCUCUUUAAACGUUGCUGCCUCUAGCGGUCAGGUGGGAAUAUCGAACACCGGUUAUUGGGGAAUCGAAGUCAAGGCCCAGAAAUACACUGGAUCGUUCUGGGUCAAGGGAACCUAUGGGGGACCUUUCACAGCCUCAUUGUCGAACUACCUUUCGAACGAGACGCUAGGAAGUGUAGCCGUUACUUCCAAUGUAACAGCCAAUGAUUGGACAGAAUAUACUUUUACUCUAACCCCGGAGAAGACGGCCGAGAAUGUGAACAAUACAUUUUCAAUCACAUAUGACGCAUCAGCAACUAAUGGCUCUCUCAACUUCAAUCUCAUUAGUCUCUUUCCGCCAACGUACAAUAACCGUCUAAAUGGAAUGAGACCAGAUCUCAUGGAAGCUCUUGCAGGACUUCAUCCCUCUUUCCUCCGGUUUCCGGGAGGCAACAAUCUCGAAGGUGAAGAUCCACCAUACUACCUCAAGUGGAACGAGACCAUUGGUCCUCUUAAAGACCGUCCUGGAUACCCAGGAACAUGGGGCUACGAAAACACAAAUGGCCUUGGACUUAUUGAAUAUUUACACUGGUGCGAGGAUUUGAAUAUGGAGCCAGUGCUCGCUGUGUGGGCUGGCUUCUAUCUUAACGGACCAGUUAUUCCAGAGUCUGAGCUGCAACCAUAUAUCGACGACGUUCUAAACGAACUUGAAUUCCUCAUGGGCUCAACUGAUACCACCUACGGUACUCUUCGAGCCUCGCUAGGUUACCCCGACCCAUGGAUAAUCAAAUACGUUGAGGUUGGCAAUGAAGAUAACCUCGGUGGUGGGGGAAGUUCUUACGAAUCGUAUCGCUUCCAAGCUUUCAAGGAUGCUAUCAAUGCUAAAUACCCCGACAUUUUCGUGCUGGCAAGUACUGCGGAUUACCAGUUUGCCGAGACGGAAAAUGCGGGCGAGGAUUACCACCAAUAUACUCGGCCAGAUUACUUUGUUGGCCAAUUUUGCUUCUUCGAUAAUUUUCCCAUGGGGUUUAAGACAAUGAUAGGAGAAUAUGCGGCCGUUCAACCCAACAUACCUGGAGGCGGCGGUGUGAACUGGAAUGCUCCACGCUGGCCCUUCCCCAUGUGGAUCGGCACUGUCAGCGAAGCCGUCUUCUUAAUCGGAGCCGAAAGAAAUGCAGACAAGAUUUUCGGCGCUGCAUACGCGCCGCUUUUCCAGAACGUGAAUUCUUAUGAGUGGACUCCCGACCUUAUCUCCUAUUCCGCUGAUCCGUCCGCCGACGUUAUGUCAACGAGUUAUCAUAUGAUCCAGCUCCUCUCCUCCCACCGCAUCUCUCAAAUACUGCCAGUAUCCACCCCGGACUUUGGCCCUGUGUAUUAUGUCGCUGGCUAUUCGAAUUCAUCGAAUUCGUAUAUUUUAAAGGCGGCGGUUUAUAACGCAACGGAAACAGUUCCAAUGUCUGUAACGUUCGACGGUGUAAGUGAAGGAGCAGAGGGGACUCUGACAGUGUUGACUGCGCCAAAUGGACUUACUUAUAAUGGGGUGGGAGAUAGCGUUGUGACAACGAGUAGUACAAGCUUGACAGCAGGAAGUCAAGGAGAGUUUGAGUUUGAGUUGCCGAAUUUGAGUAUCUCUGUGCUGGAGGUUAAAGGACGGGUGGAGGAUUGA